AUGCCUAAUCGCACCUCGACUUCACGUUCGCCACGAAGAGACCGAAGAGAGAGUAGGACUGAUCAUUAUGUACCUCGACGGAGCCGAAGUCGCUCGCCGCGACGUAACGAUGAUCGGGUAAACAGGCACCGCCGCGAACAAGAGCAAAGCCAUCGGGGUCGAGGAUUCAAAUGGAAGGUUAAACAGCCUCAUAGUAGUGAUGAGUCAGAUAGCCGCGGACGUCGACUCGAGCGAGGCUACCGAAAUCGAUCCCCUUCACGUUCACCUCGGCGUGAAUAUGGUACCGAGAGAUCAAACGCACAAUCUAGCCACACCGGCCGUUCUAUAGAGGUCGAUAAACAAAGUUACAAAACCGUUGCGGAGUCAGGCACGGCGAAAAUUUAUAGACGCGAGCCAGACGAUCGAGCAAAGGCUGAGAUGAAGCCGGUGCGACCUCCGCCAAACAAUGCGGAACCUAUGAUUAUUGUCCAUGUCAACGAUCGACUCGGAACUCGCGCUGCAAUUCCCUGUCUUGCAUCGGAUCCCAUACGCCUCUUCAAGGCACAGGUCGCCGCAAGGAUCGGUAGGCAGCCGCAUGAAAUUAUGCUUAAGAGACAGGGUGAGCGACCAUUCAAAGACCAAUUGACGCUGGAGGAUUACGGGGUUAGCAAUGGCGUACAGAUCGACUUAGAAAUUGAUACCGGUGAAUAG